AUCAUAUCAUCAAAAAGAUAUUUUUUAAAUUUUGAAAUUUUUUUUUGCCAAAUUAUAUAAAAAUUAUAACUAAUUUUAUUUUUUUCAUCAAAUUAAUUUUUAAUUUUUAAAAAUAGAUUAUGAAAAUCAAAUCAAAUAUACAUAUCCAGGGAGGAGUUCUCCAUCCCCCCCUCCCCCCAAAAAAAAAAUACUAAAAAAAAAAAAUCCAAAAUACACAUUUAAUAGUUGAAAUUAAUUUCAUAUGAACCCCACUAUACAAACAAUAAAUGUCACACAUUACUUUUUUGGUUCAAUUUUUUGUUUAUGUUUUUAUGGGUGCAUAGGCUUUGUCUAAAAUAUCACCUCAUUGUGAUACACAAGCUCUAUAGUGUUCGAAUUAAGAAACUUCAUAGACUUCCAUAUAUGAAAAAAUAAACUUCCUUAAUUCUUCUGUCUUCUCUCUUACAACAAUGGCAACAAAUCUUCCAAAAUCUAGACACAAACAAUAACUAUAAAUCAAGCUUUCUUCUUCUUCUUCUUUCUUAACAAUCCCUAGAAUCCAUAUUCUCCAAACUCUAACCCAUCAAUUCAUGGAAAACAAGCAGAAAAAACACAGCAUGGGCCGCCAAAAGAUUGAAAUCAAGAAGAUAGAGAAGAAAAGCCAGCUCCAAGUUACCUUCUCCAAGCGCCGUGCCGGAAUAUUCAAAAAAGCUGGCGAACUCGGCGUCUUGUGCGGCGCCCACGUCGCCGUCAUCGUCACCUCCCCUGCCGGCAAGGUCUUCGCCUUUGGCAACCCCUCUGUUGACUCCGUCAUCGAUCGCUUUCUCUCCGAAAACCCUAAUCCUAACCCUAAUUCCCAUGGUUUCGACACGUGUCAUGAUGACGAGCUCCAUCAAGUGCAUCAGCAAAGUAUUAACCCUAACCCUAAUUCUAACUCUCAGUGCUCGGAGCGCCAUCGAGUGAGUAAGAAUCCUAACCCUAACCCUAAUUCUCAGUGUUUGGACAUGUGUCACGAGGAGGAGGUUCGGCAAGUGCAGCAAUUGAGUAAGAAGUAUGUGAAGGCGGUGGGGAAGUUGGAGGCGGAGAAGGAGAGAGGAAAGGCGGUGGCCGAGUUGAACAGCGGCGGAGGAGGAGGUGGGUUUUGGUGGGAUGAGAGUGUUGAGGGAUUAGAGUUGCAUGAGCUUGAGCAGUAUGUGGCUGCAUUGGAAGUUCUUAAGAGUAACUUAUUGGCUAGGGCUGAUGAGAUGGCGGUGGCAGCGAGCGGUUUUCCAGCGAAUUUCUUGGCUUCCAACGGUGUUGUGGUGGCUGAUGCUUUUGGUAGUGCUGAGUGCAGUGGUUUUGGUUUUGAUUGUAAGCCUUUCUAAUUUGAAACCCUUGUAGGGUUCUUUAUGGAUAAAUCAAGAAUUUAAACACACAAAAAUAUUAAGAAUAGGUGUUUUUGGUGAGUAAAAUCUAGACAAUAUGUUUUUUAAAUUUUUUUGUUUGGUACCACAAUAUUAUUUUUUCUGUCUUAAUUGUUGAUCCAAACCUUUUACAUGAGAAGAGAGGUUUUAGAGUUUGGAAAAUUCUACAAUACACAUUCUCUCUUAUGAAAUUUUUAGUGCAAGUACCUUUGGCAUUGCUCUUGUGAUACGAGACUUUGUGAUAUUUGAUUAUGAACUGGAUUAUGAGAUUGUGUUGUUAUGUUAUGAGUCAAAAUGACCUUCGUGGUAUAUUUGUGAUGAAUCAAUUUGAUUUUGUUAUAACUCAAAUUGGUGAAAUUUAUGAACUAUUGAGACUGAGAUUUUGUAUUUAUAUGUAUAUACACC